AAUGUUCUCGAGCAGCUAGCGGCGGCGGUUUUCUUUGCGUAGCACGUUCUUUUGUGAUCACUGUUUUAUCCUGCAGUUACCAUCAAAGUGUGUGGCAUGCCUAAUCGAAGGCAUCGUCACUGCUACGCACCGGAUGUCGCACCGGCUACGCGGGCGUCCCAGCCGAGAAGAAGCUGUCGUUGUUCAGCGUCCCGAAAGAUGCGGUUCGAAGGAAAGCCUGGGAGCGGAACCUGACAAAGAUAAUGACUAUGACAAAGAUAAUGUGACGCUGAAGGCGAUGCCAGGGCUGACUUUAAGCCAUCUGGACCCAAACAAUUUUGAAAAAAUGCGGGUCACCCUCGCGUUCCAGCUCUUCGGUGACCGCGUGUUGCGUGGCUUGCAUCAUUAUAAGGACAGACUUGAAUCAAGUUAUGGAAAAGGAGCCAUAGAUGCUACGGAAAAAUUCUUCAGAAUGAUCAACGAACUGAUCAAAACAAUGACAUCGCGCUACAAGUCUGAAGCUCUCUGGCCAAACUCAAGAGGUGUUGCUGCGUUGUCGGCUUUCCUGGAAUACAUCACUAAGUGGGAGGAGUGCACCGUCAACGGGGUUGGCUUCAUCAGCAAGACAACGGCUGUCGGCUUUAGAGUGACAUUGUCUGGAGUGUUGCGACUUUUGGAGUAUUUAACCAAAGAAGUUGGAUUUAAGUACUUAAUGACGGCCAAGUUAAGCCAGGAUCCAGUUGAAAACUUGUUCGGGGUUGUACGGCAGUCAUCAGGGUGUAAUGACCAUCCUACACCUGAGCAGUUCUUGAUAACUGUUAACUGCCUCAGCUUUUACAGCCUGGCCAGACCUGUUGAUGGUGCCAGUGUUGAGCCACUAGUCCUCACAGCGCUACUUGACACAGGAAACACAGACCUGUCAAAUUCCACAACCUUGGAAGACACAAUUGACAGCUAUAUUUCAAGGGGGGACCUUGAUUCCCUAGAGGAUGCUGCCAGCCAGAAAGGCAACGGUGUUCCCAGUGAGCACAAAAGUCUAGUUCAAAAAAGAAGUGACUCGCGCCUUAUCUACCACAUGGCAGGAUAUGUCGCCAGGAAAUUUGUGAAAAAAAACUGGAUGUGA